CACAACACUUUCAUCAUUUUCUCCUAUCCCUUUUUUUCAUGGUUACUUGUAAAACAAGCAACAUGAUCGCGCUGGAUGCCUCGUGCUCCUACUCGAAUGAGGACGCUACCAAAGAGUGUUUUGUGCCGAAACUCACGAAAAAGCACUUAGAGGACGACGGACUUGGGAUUUUUGAAGCUGAGAAGUACUUCAAAGGAGUAAUGGAUGUUCAUCAUCAACCAAACCAAACACGAGAAAACCACGAAGAUCAACAAUGCGCGUUACCAAAAUCAAAAGCCAUGUCAAGCACGCGAUCUGAAUCGAGCUGGAAUAGCAGGAGAGGGCUAUUGGUUAGCAAUGGCACCAAUCAUAGCAAGAAAAUUAGCUUCAAAAGCUUGUUAGCUAGUAUUGGUUGCAAUUGCAAUGACAAAGAUUCUAUAAAGAUUAAAGAAUUUAAACAGCCAGUUAAAGGUGGAGGUGGUUUAAAUCCUUCAACGGCGGAUGCGAAGCAUUUUCGCAUCCCCAAGCUACCAGAAGUUGAUCGGGAACAUAUCGCGAAAGGGGAAAUUCUAGAAGUUUUUAGAAACGGGGGACAAGACGAUACGGGGAGUGAUGCAAGCUCGGAUUUAUUUGAAAUCGAGAACUUCUCGGCUAACGAGGAUUACAACUCGUUUCUUGCUCGACAAGCAACCGAGAAUAACGAGUAUGCGCCGAGUGAGGCGAGUGUCGAAUGGAGCGUUGUCACUGCCAGUGUGGCCGAUUUCCCUAAUACCAUCUUCAUCGCGGAAGAAUCUAGUCGCCCAUUGUCUAAUGUGGAAGAAAGAGAAACAGACGCGAAUGACGUGGAAGAGAGAGAAACAGAAAAUAAUACGUCUUUUAGAAUGGGUAAGGGUGAGAAAUGUGAGAGGGGAGGAAGGAGAGAGGGAGUGCCGCAAUUAGCGGGUGCAACGUGGAGAGAAUUGAGAGUUUUUGGUGAUGGACAUGGUAUGAUUAGUGGCGGCGAGAAGGGGGCGGUUAUUGGGUCCGCCCCUGGGCGAGAGUGGCACCACCGGUUGGAUUCGGCCACACCGGUGGCGAAAAUUCAAGCCGACAACAAGUUGAUAGGAGUUGGAGUUGCACCUUUGGUUCAUAACAUGCAUUCUACACAUGUUUCAAAUCACUUGUACAUUGAGAAAAAGUAGAUUGUAUGUGUUUUUGGAUUUGAAAUUUUAUUAUCUAGUUAUUAUAACUUAGACAUGUAAACAAACUAUAUUUCUUA